UUUUUUUUGUUGUGCCCAUUGUUUUUGGCCUUGGUUUCCGGCAAAAGGCAGGCGGGCAGUUGUAUAGCAUUUUUAGAUAUUGUGGGUUGCUCUGCCUCCUCUGUCUGCUGUGGCGGCGGCGGCAGUGAAAUUUUUACGUGUUUAUUUAAUGGUGGGAAAGUUGAGAGAACAAUAAGACGAUGACGAUGACGAAGACGAAGGGAAGGAUUUCGAGAAUUGGAAGCUACGCAAUUGCGUCUUCCAAACGAGACGGCCACCACCAACAGCCCUGCAUUACCUGCACCACUUUCAACAUCCUCGCUCCAAUUUACAAGCGCCUCAACCAUGACGACCCCGAUUGUCGGGAAAGCGAUUACAGAGCCUAUUGGCUGGCCAGGAAUCAAAGGAUAUUGGAUUGUUUGUUGGCUGAGAGAUCCUCUAUCAUUUGUCUUCAGGAGUUCUGGGUCGGCAACGAAGAGCUUGUUAACAUUUACGAGAAGAGACUUGGGGAUGCUGGUUAUAUCAAUCUCAAACUAGGACGAACCAACAACCGCGGCGACGGUUUGCUGACCGCGGUGCAUAAAGACUACUUCAGAGUUGUAAACUAUGUAGAGUUGCACUUCAAUGAUUGUGGUGAUCGUGUUGCUCAGUUGUUACAUGUGGAAUUAGCUGCCCCAAUUUCGCAGUUUCGAAACAAUGAUAUUCGGCAGGAAAUUCUCAUUGUGAACACCCACUUGUUAUUUCCUCAUGACUCGAGUUUGUGUAUAGUUCGACUGCAUCAGGUCUACAAAAUCCUUCAACAUGUAGAAUCUUAUCAGAAAGAUAACAAGCUUAAUCCCAUGCCGAUUAUACUCUGCGGUGACUGGAAUGGAAGCAAAAGUGGACAUGUUUACAAGUUUCUUCGGUCCCAGGGGUUCGUAUCUUCUUACGAUACUGCUCAUCAUUACACCGAUGCAGAUGCACAUAAGUGGGUUAGCCACAGAAAUCAUCGGGGAAACAUAUGCGGCGUUGAUUUUAUAUGGCUUCUCAAUCCUAAUAGGUACCGUAAGCUACUAAAAACUAGUUGGACCGAAGCAGUAUUUGGCAUGUUCAAGUACCAACUACGAAGAGCUUCGCUGACAGAGGCUGAUGCCUUUGCCUUUCUAAAGGCUGAUAAUCCUGGUGAUUACAUAACCUAUUCAGGUUUCUGUGAAGCACUUCGACAGCUUAACAUGACGGGUCAUUGCCAUGGACUUAGCCUCGAAGAGACAAAGGAGUUGUGGGUUCAAGCAGACAUAGAUGGGAACGGCCUUCUUGAUAGUAUAGAAUUUCAGCAGCGAAUUUGGUAUCCUACGGGGUCAGAGCAGAAGGAUGAAAGUGGUAGUGACUGUGACAGUGAUUCCAAGGGUAUUCAGGAACAAACAAUUGGUUUCAGUGUAAAAAACGCGGUGUUCUUCCCUCCUGAAGUGGAGAAAGGAACGUGGCCCAAAGACUACUCUCUUUCCGAUCAUGCACGACUCACAGUGGUUUUCUCACCAAUAAGAAUGCCUUGCUCUCAGCUGAUUCCCUGACAACCGCAAGCUCAGAAGAACUUUGGUUUGAGGCUUUGUUACAUAACGAACCAAAAACUUGUAAACGGGAAAUGGUCAAGGGUUACAGCCAGACCGUGCGGAAUGGAUGUAAACCAGUUUUCUUCAGCAAAGAGAGUGAAAAUAACUUCGAUCGGCAUUCCUCCUUUUUAACUGUGCCUGUUCGAAGCUCAGUAUUUCGUAUCCAAGCGGACAAACAUCAGGAAACUGGCCUUUGAUCUACAAGUUUGCAACCGAAUAACCGAACUAGCGUCCGGAUUACACAUUUGGCCUUUCCAUUGUGCCCAUUGAUGUGGGGAAAAAAAGAAGGAAGCUAAGAAGGAAGAAAGAGAUGUAUAGCUGCUGUGCAUGUGUAAAAAUCCUAGAGUUCUAUAGCUGUCUGUGCAUAUAUAUGUAGGCUUGCAACUAUCCCCUACUUGUAAUUUUGUAGCAAUGGUGAGAUGGACCAAAUUAGAAGCCUUUUUGUAGCUAA